AAUGAUUUUCCAGUGGCAAGCUCUAGCUGAUGCUGCAAAAGCUAAAUCAUGCUAUUGGAAAUUUGUUUUGCUGGAAUUGUCUGUCCUACGAGCUGAACUCUUGUCAGAUAAACUUGGAGCAAUGAGUUUAGAAAUUGAGGUUCAUUUAGAGGAAGCAGCUGAGCUUGUCAAUGAAGCUGAACCAAAGAACCCAAGCUACUACAGCAAUUAUAAAGUUCGUUAUUUGGCAAAGAGGCAACAGGAUGGUUCUUGGAAGUUCUGUGAAGGUGAAAUACAAGUACCAGCUUAGUAGACUCAUUCUUUUGUAAGGAAUAGAGAAUUUUAGGUCAUUUGGUCUCUCCAAACUUGUUGCAUCAUUGAUCUUCAUCCACCAAGUGUAUUAGUCAAUUAAUCAUCUACUUUAUAUUUGUUAUAUCAACAAUAUCAUUAAUAUAGUUAAUCUUAUUGAUACACUUUAUUUAGAUAUACUUUAUUUAGAGUGUAUCAUUGAUAAUAUAUAAUUUGAUUGGUUAAUGAAUUCACAUAUUCAUGAAA